CCUCUCAUCGCCCAUGUGCUCCCAUCUCACGCCGCUGUGUUGUUUGUUGAAGUGGGAUCUUUUAAAGCCUACUUAACUUAAAUUGCUUUCAAGACCCCGGAGGAUUCCGAAUCCUCUUGUUUGUGAAAAAAUGGAACGUGAAGUAGAAUCAUCAUUGUCCGUUUUGAACAAUCCAUGGGGAGACGGUGCGUCCAUAAAAUGCCUCAUAGACACGUGGAAACGGAGCCAACUAUUGAGUAGAGCAGAUCACAAUACUGUCCAGCCUAUCUUGACAGCCAUCAACAAAGCAGUUGCAUCUCAAAAUGAUAAGCUAAAUGGGUUGAGGCUCAUGGUUCAGAUUGCCAAGGAUGCUUCUGACAGUUGCUUGGCCGAAAAUGGGGCUGCUUUCAUUCAGCAAGCGUCAAGAUGUUGUGACAAGCACAACAACCUCAACGUCAGAAGCUACGGUCUUCUCAUAAUUCAAAUUCUCUCCAAAAGAGCAGAUAAGUUCCCAAACAUGAUCAAAGCAAUCACUGGCAGUGCGGUGCCCCAGGUUGUGGACUGUCUUAAUGAACCUUCACCAAAUCUAAAACUACAUGCCUGCCAUGCACUUUCCAGUAUUUUCAACAGUUUUUCCAGCUCUUGUGGCUCGAUCAAAGCCAACGUGGAGAAGAGGUUGUUGGAAAUUGUAGACAAUCUGAACACUGGCGGCAAAGGUUUGCCGAUGGUUGCUGCGAACUGUUUUGCCAGUCUACCACUGAUUGGAGGUGGCGGAGUGGCUCAGCAAGGUCAUCAAGCAGCAUUUGUUCAACUCCAGAAAAAGACCAUUGGCUCCAUGCAUUUAGAAUUGGACGCACUUUAUGAAGGAGUCCAGGAACUGCCUACGAGCUUCCAAUUUAAUGCAAUUGGCGACCUUGGCUUGUUGCCAGUCAAAGCUGUGCAGCCUUCUGUUCGGUUGCACAAAAUUGAGAAGAGGAUCAAGUAUUUGAGUUACUACUUGAAUGCACUCCUGAUACGGCCCAUGACAAUUCAAAAGAGUGUUCUUGUUCAAGAUAUUCUUGGAUUAGUUUGUAGAGCUUUAGGUGUGACAAGCACAAGUUUAGGGACUGGCGAGUUAUUAGAGAUGCAGGUUCUUCGAGACUUGAUUCCUGCCGUGCACAGUUCUUUCUUGAGUAUUCUCACAGCUCUUAUCUCAGUGAGCGGAACAAAUCUCUUGAUUUACCAAGAGACAUUUUACCAGCUGCUGAAAAAUUCCCUUGCUUGGACGCAAAACAAACAGCAAAAUGUUCCGUCAACAGGAUGUCUUCGUAAAUAUGCUUACGACUGCCUGGAUUCAUGGUUGAAUGAAAUGAAGGGUGCUUCGGGAUUUGAGAGCUACGCAGACGCCAUCAUGCCUCACUUAUUGAAUGACAUCACCCCGGAAAAAGUAGCGGUUGUCCUCAAGGUUGUUAACAAAGCAACAAAAAGGAAAAAGGGCAGAGCUCCCGCAAAGCCAAGUAUUUUUCAACCAGCAAUUGAUGUCCCAAAAGUUGUGGAAAAAAGCCUCUGCAAGGCUGCUUUGGAAGUCGUAAAUUCCAUUCUGGUUGUAGCUGGAAAUUUGAUCAAAUCUUCUCACCACAAGACACUGCAAACAUUGGUCGUAGGAUUGUUAAUUGAUAUUCAACGAGGACAGGAUUUGCAUAAUCUUUACAAACCGAUGGACUGUCAACUUCUACUGUACGAAAUUUUGCAGUCCAUGAUAUUAUUCAGCCAUCCACUGUGUCCACCUCCUACCAUUUACGCCACAAUGCUAUUCAGUGCAGGACAGUCAAACCAAAACAAAAAAAUUAAACGAGUUUGCCAACAAGGUCUGCAAGUAACUCACCGGGUUUCAUUCCCCGUCUAUCCUAGUAUCGUGAUGGAAUCUGAAGUCUUAGAAGAUUUGAAAGACCAUGUCAUGGCUCAGAGAGAAGUUGACGAAGAUGAUGAAGAAUCUGUUGCAUCUGGAGAACCAGAGCAAGAGGAUGCGGAGGUUCCAGACGGGAUUGGUGGAGAGAGUGAAACUGGAAAUAUCAAGGAAGUAGAGUUGGAAAGUUCAGCUGAAGGACCUGAUACAAAGAACUUCCAAGACAAAGAAACUUGCAGAGAAAAAGAAGAGGACUCGGAUCUUGAAGUUUUGGAGGAAAUACAAGUAACAACAGUUGAAGAUGCUGCGUCUGAUGACAAUGAUCUCGAAGAAGAGCAAGAGGAAAUUGUCGAGGAAGCCAAAGAAAAGAAGCCAGUAGUGCAAAGUAGUGUUGACCUAGAGGAAAUAGAACUUUUGGACGAGCAGCCAGCAAUAAAAAAGAAGAAGGUGAAUGAGCCAGAUUGCUUCAAAAACGACGUGGCGACCAUGCUGGCGGACUUUAUCGAGUGAAUGGACAUUUUAUAGCAUCAAGACUCAUGCACGACAGAAGAAUUUAUUUUGGUUUGCCACGCCGACGUACACAUCACUACACUUAAUUAAAACAACGGUUAAUAAAUCGAUCAACACGAUUUUGAUUGGGAUGCUUGGAACAUGUGAACAACUCUGGCAAUGCAACAGCAAUAUAUAUACUUUUCUUUGUUUUUGGGGAAAUAAUCUUCUGACGUUUCAACAGUGAUAAUGAUUUGAAUUGAAUAUCUUUAAAUAGCCAAUUAGUUUUAACACUUACAAAAAUAUUAGGAAUAUUUCACUUGUUGCCAAUCAGAGAAGCGGAAUAAAAUAUUAUGGAAACCAACUGAACG